AGUUGGCAAAAGGCAGGUAUGAGCUGUGCCUCCAAGAACAGCAGCAACCCAGAGAGCAAAACGCACUACCAGACGCCGGCCCUCUCUGAACUGCAGGGGCUGGUGUGGAGAAGGGGAGGCUCCGACAACCACGUGGACCAAGUGUGGCCAAACCUCUACCUUGGAGACGCGUGGGCAGCUAGAAGCAAGGCCCUCCUUCAGGAACUGGGCAUCACCCAUAUCCUCAAUGCGGCAGACGGGCCGUACAACAUCAACACUGGAGCUCGGUAUUACAGGGACCUGCCCGUCGAGUAUUAUGGGGUGCAGGCCUUUGACGAUACCGCCUUUGAUAUAAGCAUCUUCUUCCAGGAUGCGGCUAAUUUCAUCCACAAAGCCUUGAAGAUCGGAGAAGGCAAAGUGUUUGUGCACUGCGCGAUGGGGUUAAGUCGCUCGGCAGCUUUGGUCCUGGCUUACUUGAUGAUCCAUGAACACCUGACGCUUGUGGAGGCCUUAAGAGCGGUCGAUUCACACCGAGGUGUCUGCCCGAACACAGGAUUCCUCAGCCAGCUCCGGGCCUUGGACAUUAGAUUAAAUAAUGAGAGAGAUGGUUUCCCAGCACUGUGAGAACAAGAUGGUGACUCAGCAUUGCAAGGACAGUAUUACGGAUCAA